AAUAAGUCGAAUAAGGAGUUCCACGUAUCAGGAUGAAAUUCUGAUGACUUCUUACAACUUUAGAGCAUCUUUCAUGCAAUAUUCUUCAUUUGUUAAUCUGAUAAAACUGUACAACGGAAUAACAGUGCUUACUGAUUACAUAGGUAUAAGCAUAAGAUGAGUAAAGGUAUUUGACUCGUGUAUUAUAUUAUUGCUUAUUUAUCGCGGAUUUAAGAUAAGAUCUUCCAUGUGUCUUGCAUUGCCCGAAUUCAUUCUGCUGAUAUCAGUGAUCCUCUCUUAUUUAAAAUUCAAUAAAACAAGUUAUCAACCUCAUUGCGCAAUGAUCAUAAUUCACAAUAUAAUUUCAUAAACAUCGUGGUUUUGUUGACACCAUGAUGAUUUUGGGAUUAAUUGCACUGAAAAGACAGACUUAUUGGGUGAUCAUUUCCAAAACUUAUUUUACCUGUGGAUCAAUACCUGUGGAGAUUCUCAUGCAUUAAUGAUUGUUUGUAUCUUAAGAUUGACAUUUGUGUAUACGCAUCAAGGUGAGGUAUCGAUAACAGUUCUCAGUCAUUUUCUGCUUGUAUAACGAUAAAGAAUGUCAUUUUGCACCCGAGUAAUCUGUUCCGAGACAUUUAUCUAACUUUUUAAAACAGAUUUUGCUGUACCUGUUCUCUGGUGUUUGAAGUAUCUCUGUGUAGUUUGGAAGAAAUAUGAAAAUAUAUACCAUUAAUAAUAAUAAAUAUGUAGCCAAAUGAGGCUUUCCCACUUUCAGACAUACUGUGAGUAAUAAGGGGUGAACUUUGCUGAAUAGGAAAUGGGAUGGUCUAGAUUAUGUUUGUUAUGAUCUGUGAGUGAUACAUUUCAAAGUAACGCAUGCCAGAUGAAUGGUAGAUGACGAAUAUUCGUAUUACGAAAAUGUUUAUCACGUCAAUCGCAUCAAUUGACGUGUGUACGAUUCUUCGGAAUAUGGUGGCAUGGGAAUGGCCAGAGCGUUGGAUAUUGUGAACUUGAGAUCACGCGUUGCUGGUGAAGAUCGAUGAGAAUGUUGUAAUACAGGACAAAGAAACAUGCGUUUUAAUAAACAGGAAUUGAUGACAUUGGCAACACAGCCGUCGCAAAAAUUUGAUAAGGAAGGAAUUUUAUACAUACGGGAACGGCAAGAAGGUUUCUUUCGAAGAACAGAGAGUACAGGUAAAAAACUUGAGAGCAAAAGACAAAAAGGAAAAACACAUAAGACUCUACGAGACCUCAGUUGUGUAACAGCCAGCACGAGUAAAGCAAGUCUAGAGCGGUGGUGCAGGUUGCGAGGAAAUUUGUUGUUUUAUUUUAAAUCAAGAGAACAAUGGUCAGAGCCUCUUGGAGUUAUUAUACUCGAACAAUGCAAUGUCCGUGUCGAUCCACCAACACAUCAAAUUCCCUAUGGAUUCAGCAUAGUUUUCGAUGGUGGCUUAUUCCAACAGCUGGGUGCAAAUUCUUCAGAAGACAGAGAUAGCUGGCUGCAGGCACUCCAGUUGGCUAGUUAUGAAUGCAUGCGUAGUCAGUUACUGGCACUACGACAACGGAUAGAGGCUUGUAGCGGUCAUAAACAUGGAACCGACAUUCAAAUGAUGCGUCUUCAACAGGGAAUUACCACAGAUCCAGCUGAAAUACCAAUCUGUGAAGUAUCACUUGCAUGUGACAAUCUGUUAUGUGAUGGCCAUGGCCGUCCCCCAAAUCCUGUAUUAGAAAUUGAUAUUCUUGCUCAUCGAUCAAAUACAUGGAUUAAAUACGCCAGAACUGAAGUAGUCGAGAGGAGCAGCAAUCCUGGAUUUCUGACAACUGUAAGCUUUCGUACAAGCGAUGGUUUAACUUCGGAGACGAAAGUAAGGAUUACUGCAUAUGACGUUAGGGAGAGAGUUAGUCAGACUGCUACGCCAAUAGGAUCUGCAGUGGUUAUAUUCAAUGCCAUACAAGAUACACCACGACUAAGAAUACCAUUGAAGUCUGCCAAAGCCACAACAGUAGGUUUUUUAACCAUUAAUGUGUGGAACUUGGAGGCAGAAGACAAAGGCAAUAGCACAGAAAGUACUCCUUGUAGAAACAUACCGGCUAAUAAUCAGAUAUUUUCUCAUAGAAGGUCACAGUCUUUGCCUCCAAGAUUAGGAACGAAAAUGAAGCUUCCACAUCAAGGUCAACUUAAAUUGUUAUUUGCGAAUCCCCAUGUCCAAACAUACAGGUUCCAUUCUGGUCUAGGAGGUGACAUAUGUGUUCAUGAGAUAAUGGCCGAGAGUAAAUUGUGUUUUCAAUUUCCGCAGCAGCUACUUGAAAUUUGGAUACAAGAAGAAAAAGAGCUUCUGCAAGAGGUAGCAGGAAUGGGUGAACUUCGCGAGCCCUGGCACACAAAGCAGAUAGAGCUUCUCGAUCGACAUCUGCAUCUUUUACAUCUCUAUUCGCAAGCUAAACAAAAUUUGACCGCUUUUAAGGGGAUUCAUUUCAAACAGUCGACGCGAAAGAAUGAUAGGACCCUAGAAUUUGCUCCCUUAAACCUUCAUUUGCAAAGGAUGUGGGUCCAUAACGACACACUAAAUAAAUGUGGUUUCUAUGAUUUCAUCAGUGUAGGAGCCUUUACAGCACAUGCUCACAAGAGUAAAAAUGGUGGACUUAUUAGAUUGGUACAAGAUCUCAAAGAAUCACCGACACGCUGCAAUCAGUUAUAUCAAGGGCCAUCGAAAAUAACUAUGGCGCACGAUGCAAUUCAAGCCAUAAAACAAUUGCGUCGUGAUGUAGUUGAAGCAAUGCGUUCUCUCAUGAAACUUGCUAAGGAGAAGCAAACUAGUGGCAUGUUACCCAUUUGUGAAGAUAUGAUAUCAAAAACUAGGAUAUUACUUAGCUUGUGGGAUCCUGGAUUGGUUGAAGAAGCGUUAACGUUUCUAGAAGAGUACAAAGUUGCUGCAACUGUUCAAGAACCCAUAAAUAACGAUGAUACAUUGACGCUGGAUUUAAGAACUCACCAGUCUCUUUCUCCGUUCAAACGGAUUACCCAACAGCUUAAUUUUGAUCUGAAAAGUCCUGAUUUUGACGAGUUUGUAACACCUGAUACACCUGAGUGUGUAAAGGAUAUUUGGACGAAAGAAAGUUCAAAAAUGAAAUACAGUAAUCUUUCCUCUUAUAAGGAAAUCAAUGAAAACGGGCAGGUCGUAUCAGCAGAGAACUUUGUAAUAUUUCCAGACGUUGAAGAUCAAUCAAACGAUGCGGAAUCUAAUCAAAAUGGGAAUAGUGCUGAUAAUAGCAAUGAAGAGGAUGACAGAGGCGGGUUCAAAGGAGAUUUGGAUUUGAGCAAACGUUUUUUAGAUACACAAAAAAUGUGCAACUCUCCAUCAGCAAAUUAUUACAAGCCUACUGACGAGCCUGAACCAUGGGAUCUUACGCAACUUAAUAUUGAAGCCAGCGUCAUGUGUUUAGUUUCUAAAGUUAAAUUCCUCUGUGGCAGAUGCAGUAGUCCUGCUGUUCGUUUACGUAGUAAAAAUGGUUUAGGCAGGUCCCAAAGUCUGAAAGGGUAUGCUCCGAAUAAUUGUCAUUCUCCUGCUGUGGUCACCAUUCAACCAAAAAAUGGCACAAAAAAUGAUGAGUCGAGCAAACUAUUAGACAAUACCAAUGUGUCGAAACAAGACACGAAUUCGUCUCUGGAAAAAUCGGCACCGGCUCUUACUAAGGCUAAAGAAGUCUGUCAAGCAGUAGACACAAUGACAAAAGUCAUUAAAAGCAAUUCAGGCCAAAGAAAUAAGUUUACCGAGGGUCUGGACUUCGCAUCAAUAGUUGAUUGGACCAGCGAGCUUAGGCCCAGUAUGAAGAAAUUACGACAAGCCAUGGAUGGACUUCUGAAGACUGCUAGGCUUACACAUUCGGUAUUUCGAGUUCAGGAAGAUGCUAAGGCUGCCCAAAGAGCUUGUAAUGUUCGAUACAGGAGGGAUGUGUGCUUCAGUCAAGCGUUGACAGCAUUGGUAACCGGUUUAAUGGCCAAACUAUGGUGCCAGCGGCCUGAUCCUAUGUUUCUCUUGAUUCUUACAACUCUUGGACCAAUCAUAUCAUUUGAAGCUCUUCUCAGCUACUAUGGAGAUGAAAUUGAUAUGUGGGGUGACAUGACUGUUGCGGUCGAAGAUUUGCAUACUGUCGCCUUUACGUUGUCUAGAUGUGGUGUUCAUGAUAGAAUAGAGGGAAAAUCUAUGUGUGCUGCUCAGUUGCCAUUGCCACGGGUAGUUGGCUCACGAACAGCAUUGACAGUAAUGCUUCCAGUACCAGAUGCUAUCUAUUCUCUACUCCCGCUUGUGCCAUCUUUGAGACAAACUAUUUCAUUUAAUGUAACGCCAGUAUUUUUCAACGUUGGCAUAAAUGAGAUGGCUACGUUGGCUGAGAGCCUUGGGACGACAAGACCUCAAAAGAAGAGCAAUAUCGACAACUUUGACAGACUAAAUGAAUAUUACUUAAGAUUCAAAAAACUUAACUUGCCUACGGAACCUUCUUCCAGCAGAAUCGGUACCCGUUCACCUUUAAAUCAAACAUUGGCAGAUAUGGUUAAUCAUUUGAAAACAUGUGUACAGACCAAGGUAAAUAAAAAUGUUGAUGUCCUUCAACUCUCAUCACAUAUCUGUCGGCGUAUGAGAGGGUUAAGAUUUACCAGCUGUAAAAGCGCCAAAGAUCGUACCGGUAUGUCAAUAACUCUUGAACAAGUCAAUGUACUAGCCGCAGAAUAUCAUCUUGCUGAGCACGAAUUUAACAGAGCACUGGAUUGUAUGCGAAGCGAAGGAUGUCGCAGAGAAAAUACGUGGAAGAACACAGGUGUACGAAAAUAUGCAUUUAAUAGUCUCCAGAUAUUAACUCUUCCCAAAUUGUACCGGCCACCUACCGGUACGUAUGGAUCAGCACAAACGUAAUUCACCCUAUCUACCUGAAAUUAUAUUCCAGUAUCUAGUUGUACAAAAUAUACCCCAAAACUGAGUGCACGUUACUGAAAGUGACACAUUACAAUGUUCAGUCUUAACAUCCUCUAUCGUCGAGGUUACCAAUGAACAGAAUGCAUGUGUCAAUAUAAAUAUAGUACUAUUAAACUACUUAAUUAUGAAAAUUAUUGCGUAUCAGAGUAUAAUGAUAGUGGCACAAACCUUACGAGGAUAUUCAUACAUCGAUGGUAUGAGAGUGAUACAAAAAUUCCAAUCUAAUCAAUACCAUUAUAUUCUUGUUUAUUCGUGCAGUAGACUAAGUCAUAUAGAAUAAUUUCUAGCUGCUGUUCUAAAAUGUACAUACUAUGAUAAAGUGCACGAUAAAUGGAUUGCUAGGCAAUGACAAUGGUAUAGAACUUAUCCGUACAUAAAAUUCUUUGUUUCUAUGUAUACAAAAAAUUACCAAAUAGCAAUUUCAACUGCAGACUCAUUCCUUAUUGUGAAAAUAUGACGUAUACGUACUUGUCGGUUGAUCACGGGAAAUACCAGGCAUUUUAUUAUGCGUUCCAUUUAUACAGUUAUACUGUCAACAUACUAAAAUCGCAUUGUGGGCAUGUCACAUGAUGUUUUAAACAUUGAGCGUAUGACAACCGACUCUGUGGUAUUAUCGAUAGUUUCCGAUUCAAUAAAUCCUGAUGGUAGUUUUAUUUCUUGGUCGAAAAAGGAAUAGAAAAAUUAUUCUCGAAGUGGAUUCGUAGUAAAUAAUAGUUGACGAUGAUGUACUUCAAUACUACCCUAUUGAAUUAAAUUAGAAGCGUUGGCCGUUGUUACUAUUUUAGUUAAUCUCAAUAAUCUGUACAGUCCAGUUACUGAUCGACGGAAUUCAAUAUUGUAUUUUAUAAUUCACUAACAACAAGCUGCAUUGUCAUAUACCGUACACUUUUGACAAAGCUUGACCUUAAUUAAAAAAGGGUUUCAGUUUCUACUAAUUUAUUAAUGCUCACAUUGUCAUAACCAACAUCGAAUUCCAUACAUACGAAAAAAACCACAAUUAAAA